UAAAGAACAGUUGUAACCUACAGUUAGUUCUCGGUUUGAGGUGUCAAUAGGGCAAUUAAUUCAGAUAUAGAAUAUGAAAUGAUUUGAAAUGAAAAAGGUUCCAUUAGGAUGACAUUUUCCAUGGUGAUGUUAGCGUGCAAGGAGACAAACUGACAUCUACACACAGCAAACUUUGUCAAAUUUUGGCUCAUCCGACAACAUCACCUGACUAGAGGAGAGCGUUGAGCAACUGAGAAGAAAGACGCUUCGACUGACUUGAGAUUUGAAGAAAUGGCAUUUUAUAACCAAGAACCUUUUCAUAAUCCGAGACUCCCUUUCACCGGCACUAUCCAAGGUGGGCUGCAGGAGGGGAAGACAAUCACUAUUACUGGGAAACUUCACCAUGGGGCAGACAGGUUCCAUGUGAAUUUGCAGUGUGGUUCUAGGGCAGGGGCGGACAUUGCCCUUCACUUCAACCCACGAUAUGACAGUCACCCUGGAUAUGUAGUGGCCAACACCUUGCAGCAGUCCAGAUGGGGGACAGAGGAGCGGAAGCAGCAUUCCCCCUUUCAGCAUGGCUCUGGCUUCAACCUUGUGAUCACCGUCCAGAGGGACGGCUUCCAGUUGAAUGCGAAUGGGAAACAUUUCAUGACCUUUAAGCACCGUAUUCCGUUUGAUGCAGUGGACACCAUCUCAGUCGAGGGAAAAGUGGAGGUGACCUCCAUCGCCUUCCAGAACCCUGCACCCACCUUUCCUGCACUGCCAGGAUUCCCUUCUUAUCCGGGAUUUCCGGCGCAACCGGGAUUUCCGGCGCAACCGGGAUUUCCGGCACAACCGGGAUUUCCGGCGCAACCGGGAUUUCCGGGAUUUCCUGCGCAACCGGGAUUUCCUGCGCAACCGGGAUUUCCCUCUCACCCGGGAUUCCCCGCGCAACCGGGAUUCCCCGCGCAACCGGGAUUCCCCGCGCAACCGGGAUUCCCCAUGCAACCGGGAUGUCCAGCUGUUCCAUACAAGAACACGAUCAAUGGUGGACUCUACCCUGGACGCACCAUCAACAUCCAGGGAGUGGUUAACCCCAAUGCAAAUAGGUUUAAUGUUAACCUACUCUGCAACUCUGAGAUUGUGCUGCACUACAACCCCCGAUUUGACGAGACCCUAGUGGUACGCAACAGCAGGCUGAGGGACCAAUGGGGAAAGGAGGAGCGCUCUGGUGGAAUGCCCUUCCACAGGGGCCAGGCCUUCACGCUGUCUAUUACCUGUGAGGCUCAGUGCUACAAGAUAGUGGUCAACGGGAAUCAGACGAGCACCUACAAACACCGCCACACCCUCCUCCAGCAGGUCAACGUUCUGGAGGUGGAUGGAGACCUCAGUUUGACCUCCGUGAUGGUUUAGGGCUGUUUAAUUUUGUGGCACCUCUGACCCAAACCACCACAUAUCUUUUUGAUCUGUUCUUGCUGCAAUAAAAAUUACAUUCACUUUGUUUCCUUACUGCUAGCAGCGCCUGUUAGACUACCCCAUUUGCACAUGUAUUAUUAGUGAGUGCUGUGCCAUUGACUUCAAGGAUGAGAAAUGUGUUCCUGUUUGUUAUAAAUCAAGGUAGAAAGCCAUUAGAAAUCACAUUGCGAUAGAAUGCCAGACCUGACGUUAACUCUCAUGAGACGUACCCUGAGGACAAUGCCUAGUAAUUCCAUAUGUAACCUAGUUUAUCACCAGUGGUCUCUAGAUUUUUAUUUAUUUUUAUAACAUUAAGUUACAGUAUAUACAGUUAAGUGUGACAAUAUGUUGCGUGAGACUGACUAUGCCAAAACCCUAGUUCAAAGUGAACUGCAGUAUGUGUUCAGACAGCAGUGAUUUGCUGACAUGGCUACGCUAGUUGUCAUUAACAAUGGGUGUGUGCGCCGUGGUGUCAGCUGAUUGGUGAUGCUCAUGCUUCCUAUCAUUCAGAAGUUAUGUAGCAAGGUAAGAUGACAACAAUGAAUGCCAUGGUCGUUUCCCAGUUGCUUUGAAUGUUCAAAAUCAUAGUGUAAGAACACUUUUAAAGCCUCAGAGGAUAAGAUUAUCCAGCUUUCAAAACAAGUCCUUUUUGGCAAGCCACAUCAGUCAAGCUAACUAGGUAGCGGUUUUGCUUUCUACCACAUUCACUAAUUUGUAAACAAUUAAGAACUAGUUUGACGUGUUCUUGUCAAACUGUCAACGGAGUAGCUAGAGAUCGGGAUCCUGGGAUCGGAGGGGCUCCGUGUCUGCAGAAAAAGGGGUCCAGGCCAAUUGGCAAAAUAUGUAUUGUAGCCCAAGGAGUGGCUGGCCGGGAGAUGGACCUAGCACGAGGCUAGUUCCAGGCUCACUGGUGCUUGCUUCGGGACAGGGACGUUAUCCAGGGGGUAGCCACUCAUAUAGUAGCUAGCUAGCUGCGAUGAUCCAGGUGAAAAUGUUCAGAGCUUGCAGUAGGAAACCAGAGAUGUGGAGAAAAAGCAGUCCGGUAUGCUCUGGGUUGAAUCGCGCUGUGCAGGCUGCAAGGAGUUUACCAGGCUAAGGUUAGCUGAUGACCGCUAGCAGUGGAUAACUGACUAGUAGCUAGUUAGCUGGCUAGCUUCUUUUGGGGGUUCCGGUUCUAAAGCAUAGAAAAUAGCAGAUCCAAGUAUCCAUUCUACCAUCAGACAUUCUUCAAAGGACAACCCGGCCUCCCAUCUACGACCAACCAAUCGAAGCGCAGCUCAGAGUAAAUAUUUAUUGCAUUCUCCUUUUUCAAAUGGGCGGUUAUUUAGAAUGCAUAAGAUACUGUAUUUACGAUAGCAAAGCUGCCUACGGACCGAUAGACACAAAACCUUUUUUGCUCCUCAGUCUUCCCGCUCUUUCACUCAAACCCCCCCUUUUUUUUGUGUAACCAGCCACUAUAUCGGCUCCGUUCACCAGGUCCAUCAAUGUAUGAUUCAUUCUGUGUAUAUGUAAUUCUGUGCGAUUAGUUAGGUAUUUAGUAAAUAAAUAAUUAAAGCAAA